CAAAACGCCGUUGGCGCGCUCUGGUGAAAAAAUUGGACACUGGAAAAAAAUGAAAACAAACACAUUAAAAAAUCGUGUGCAUUUCAAUCGUGAAUUAAACGCCGUAUAAAGACGAUUGGAGCAGCAGUAAUAGUGAAAGUGAACGUGCCAGGUGCUGUAGAGGUAUUUUAUCAAUGAGUCUGGUUUUUGCGGUGCCCCACACGCGCGCAAAUUGAAUCCAAACUUCCUCCGGCUGUCCAAGGGGACAAAGUCCAAAAAGUCAUGGCGUUGCAGCGGCGAGAUUUGAUUUUUGUGUGCAGCGAAGGUGAUCCCAGUACUUUUGAGCAGGAUGAACUGGCUCCAGCUCUGCCCCUGCCCACACUGGCGGACACAAUGGAGCGCUACUAUGACUCCCUGAAACCCUUUGGCACGGAAGAGGAGCUAAAGGCAUCCCGGAAGACGAUUGAGGACUUCAAAGUAGGCAUCGGGAAGAAGUUGCAAGAGAUUUUGGAGAAGAAGGCGCAGUCCGAGAAGAACUGGGUAGCAAAAUGGUGGGAUGAUUAUGCAUACUGCACACUCAGGAUGCCUCUUCUUCCUUUUUGCGGCAUGAUUCAUCCGUUCAAUUUACAAAGCGCCGGCAUUCCGGAGACACAUGAAAUGUCUCUGAAGACAACAGCGUGGAUGUUUUACCAUAUAAUGGAAUUUUGGAAGCUUCUACGGCAGGAGCGUAUAAAGUCCGGGUCAACGAGCUCUGCCCCACUAACGUCCUUCCUCCAUCGUCGUCUCUACAAUUCGUGCCGCCUGCCCGGAGAGACGAUGGACACUGUAUGGAGUGCCUUUAAAACUUACAAGGAAGGAUCAUGCCCGAGUCAUUCAAUUGUCCUCUGUCGUGGAAGAAUCUUCAUGUUUGACUGUGUCGAUGAAGAAGGAGAAAUCCUCACACCUCUAGAAUUCUUUGCCCUUUUCACGGCUAUUCGGGAGGAAGUUGCAAGGGAUGGAGGAGAACCAGGUGCUGGGGUGGCUGUAUUGACGUCAGAUAAUCGAACAAAUUGGGCAAUCAACCGGAAGAAGUUGAUGGAAUUGACGGAGAACAACAGGAAGGUACUUGAGCUGAUUGAGAGCGCUGUCGCGGCGAUUAAUCUCGAUGAUCAACAACCCAGCGAUUACACCGAAGUCGUAGCUGAUAUCAUGGGUGGAGACUUGGAGCAGAGAUGGGCAGAUAAAAGUCUCAACUAUGUCUCAUUUGCCAAUGGGAAAAUUGGCUGUGCUGGCGAACACACCUGCUUCGAUGGCACCAUUGCAGUUCACCUGAGCGCUUUCCUGCUGGAGAGUCUCUCCAGUGGUGUGGAGCCCAAUUGGAGCAACGUGCAACCUCUGCGGAAGUCACCUGUUGAACUUAUCUUCGAUCUCGAUGACAAUCUCCGUACUGAAAUCACCCGAAUGAAAAGCACAGCGAGACAGCACAAACUAGCAUGUGGGGUUGAUUAUUCGCAUUUCAUGGACUUUGGAAAGGAGGCGAUUAAGCCAUGCAAAAUCCAUCCUGAUGCAUUCAUUCAAUUGGCACUUCUACUCACAUACCAUCGUCUCCAUGGCGAAUUUGCACCAACUUACGAGACAGCUCUCAUGAGAAAUUACUACAAGGGCCGAACUGAAACUGUUCGUUCGUGCAGUGAAGAUGCUGUGAAAUGGAUUAAAUGCAUGGUGGAUGCCGAAGUGUCGAUUCCGACAAAGGCGAAAUUAUUCAGAAUAGCAGCAAAGAGACAAACUCAACUUAUGAAUGAUGCAAGAUCCGGCAGAGGAAUUGAUCGGCAUUUAUUCGCACUGUGGUGUAUUGCAUAUGAGAAUGGAUUUGAAAUUCCCAAACUCUAUGACGAUCCCCUCUAUUCGCGAAGCGGUGGCGGAGGUAAUUUUAUUCUAUCAACGAGCACCCUGGGAUUCAGUGUUUGUGGCGGCUGUGUGGCCCCCAUGUGCCUCGAUGGUUAUGGGACUUUCUACAAUAUUUUACCCAACAGUAUUAUUCUCAUAACAACGGUAUACAAUGAAAGUAAAAAGACAAAUUGCAAGAAAUUCACGCAAUUCUUUCACGAUUCACUUCGAACAAUCCGAGAGAUUCUUGAAUGGGAGACUUCAUCGAAACUAUAAAGGUAUUAGACUUUUUUUUUUUACUUCUUUUCACACGUGUGUUUUUUAUACUUAUCUGGAUUGGUUGUGAUGGUAGUAAAUUUUACGUUUUUUUUUUAAAUAUAAUUUUAUACACAAAAACAUAAAGAGAUAAAAAUAAAAUUUAAUAAAAAUUGUAGAGA